AUGACGGAAACCAAGCCGAAAGUCGCUGUCUAUGACAGAGAAGACUCGUCGCCAAGGAUGCUCAGCAUUGAAGAGUUCUCCGCGUUGAUGAAGACAACCAGCGUCAACGACGAGGCCGAGGAGAGCUCAGAAGACGAGGAAAGCACAGAGGAAAGUGCGACCGACACCCCCGAGGAGGAGACCACAAAUGCCCCGGUCGGGUCAGUCAGCGAGGUCAAGAACAUCUACAAGUCGUCCAAAGACAAGGAUGGUGUCUGGACCUGGGUGAACAAAUACCCCGAAGACGUCGAGGAGCCGGCUGAGAAUGCUGUGACGGACACUUAUGCGGUGCUCGUGCGCAAUGUCAAGAGCCAGGAUGGCCGCAAGAAGCUCGAGGCCCACUCCAUCGUCGUGCAGAGCCCCUGGCUGCAGAAAGCCCUGGGCGAUGUCAUAUUGAAGGACUACCCUGGUGUGGCGUGCGAACUGAAGCGCCUCACUUUCGAGGCUCCCUUCAAGCCAUUCAUUCACCGCUGGUUCGAACUUCUCGAGUACAUGAAGCGACCCGACCUUGAAGUGACCACCAAGGAGCACCUUACGGUGCUCCACGAUAUCCUCCAGUACGAAAUCGGUGACAGCAUCAAGGCUUAUGAAGAUUACGUUCUCAACGGUGUAAUAACCUUCGAGCACCUUUGGAUGAUAUUCCAGCCCGGCUCUGUCAUUCUCGCUGCCCACAAAGGGCCCUUCUCUGCUUUCGAGCUGGGCGAAGCGGAGUACAUGGAGAACCAGUGCGGCAAAUUCCUCGGCCUCUUUGCCGACUGCGUGGAUUAUAGUGGCAAGGAGUUCGGUCGUGUCACAGAGCGGAUAGAUGUCCCUGAGUUUAUCGGCGCCAAGAAGAUCACUGGGCUGAAUGCAUUCCCUCUGACUUUCCACGAGGACGAGAAAGCAGUCGCAUCGAGUCUGGUGGAGAGGGGUAGGAUCUUCGAAAAGCUGGCUGGCCACCAUUACAAAGGAUACGACGGGACUGCAAUAUCCUGGGACCAGCAAGGAAACGAAGUUCCUAUCCAGAUUAGCGGCCGUAUAGUUGUCGACAUUCAUUCUUUCAACCGAAGCAAUAUGUGGCGUCGCCGCCGGCUGAUGGACUGGAAGCCCAAGGAUCUCGAACGUUUGCACGAACAUCGACGAAAGCACGGCCUGUCUGAGCAGGGUCAACUCAGACUGACUCCAUACUACCAGAUGCUGGCACGGUCCAGGACCCGAGGAUAUUCUCUCAAGCGCAAAGAGUGGCUAGAAUUCUAUGUCGAGCAGGUCGAGGAGAUCAAGUGGAACAGAGAUGCAUUCGACAAGCUCGUGUUGCCAGAUGAUCAAAAGGAGCUGAUCAUGGCGUUCUCUGAGUCGCAGCUGGAGGGGGGAGACACAUUUGACGACGUCAUCUCCGGCAAGGGCCGAGGUAUAAUUUGCCUGCUGUCCGGCCCGCCAGGUGUGGGCAAGACCCUGACCGCCGAGGCGGUCGCGGAGAACCUCCGCGUGCCGCUACACACGCUCAGCUCGGGCGACCUGGGCUCUAGUCCGUGGGAGGUCGAGCAGGGUUUGUCGCAGAUCCUCGAGCUGGUCGCUAGAUGGAACGCGAUCCUACUGCUGGACGAGUGCGACGUGUUCCUCGAGGCUCGAUCGACGCACGACCUCGAACGCAACAAGGUCGUCUCCAUCUUCCUGCGGACGCUCGAGUACUACGAGGGCAUCCUGUUCAUGACGACCAACCGGGUCGACAACAUUGACCUGGCAUUCCAGUCCCGCAUCCACGUCUCGCUCGAGUACCCUGACCUCACGGCUGAGUCACGGGCGCACAUCUGGCGCAACUUUAUCUCCGCGGCCAAGCAGAGGCCCGAGAUUACGGAACAGGACAUCAAGGAUCUGGCGAGGCUGGAGCUCAACGGGCGACAGAUCAAGAACAUUCUCAAGACGGCUCAGCUGUUGGCAAGGCGGAAGAAGAGUGUGCUCAAGCGCAGCUUCAUCGAGACCGUCUUGGCGAUCGAGAAACGUCGCCCCGCGCCCAGUGGAACUGCUGACUGGGUUGAAAAGUUCCAGAAUUUUCAUCAAGCAGAAGACACAGUCUAA